CAAUAAACCCACCCUCUUCAAGACAUUCUUUUUCUCCAUACUUUCUUCCUUACAUCUUUGUUGAAAAUUAAUCUGAGGAUCUUCAAAAGAAAAAAUGGCAGCUCGUUUGACUCGAGUUCCAAGCCUUAAGGAGCGUUUGGAUGAAACUCUUACUGCUCAACGCAAUGAAAUCCUUUCCUUCUUAUCCAGGAUUGUGAGUCAUGGAAAGGGGAUUUUGCAACCCCACCAAUUGCUAUCAGAACUGGAAGCUGUUUCUGAUAAACAGAAGCUAUAUGAUGGCCCUUUUGGUGAAGUUUUUAGGCACACCCAAGAAGUUAUUGUGUUGCCUCCAUGGAUUACCCUUGCUGUACGGCCGAGACCUGGUGUAUGGGAAUACAUCCGUGUCAAUGUCGAUGCUCUUGCUGUCGAGGAAUUGACUCCCUCCGAGUUCCUCCAUGUGAAGGAGGAGUUAGUUGAUGGAAGUGUUAAUGGACAAUUUGUGCUUGAACUCGAUUUUGAGCCGUUUACAGCCUCUUUCCCUCGCCCGACCCUCUCCAAGUCCAUCGGAAAUGGAGUUGAGUUUCUUAACAGGCACCUUUCGGCUAAGAUGUUCCAUGACAAGGAGAGUAUGAAACCCUUACUUGACUUCCUUAGGAUGCACCACUACAAGGGCAAGACUAUGAUGUUGAAUGACAGAAUCCAAAACCUUGAUUCUCUCCAAGGAGUUCUAAGAAAGGCAGAGGAGUUCUUAACUAAACUUUCGGCUGACACACCGUACUCUGAGUUUGAGCACAAGUUUCAGGAGAUCGGUUUGGAGAGAGGAUGGGGUGACACUGCCGAGAGAGUGAUGGACAUGAUUCAGCUACUUCUCGACCUUCUCGAGGCUCCGGAUUCUUGCACCCUGGAAAAAUUCCUUGGAAGGAUCCCGAUGGUAUUUAACGUUGUAAUCCUGUCACCUCACGGGUACUUUGCUCAAGCCAAUGUCCUCGGCUACCCUGACACUGGUGGUCAGGUUGUAUAUAUCCUUGAUCAAGUCCGUGCUUUGGAGAAUGAGAUGCUUCAACGUAUCAAGCAGCAAGGACUUGAUAUCAUCCCCCGUAUCCUUAUCGUAUCUCGUUUACUCCCUGAUGCAGUGGGGACCACCUGUGGUCAGCGCCUUGAAAAGGUGUUGGGCACAGAACACUCACACAUACUUCGUGUACCAUUCAGAACCGAGAAGGGGAUUGUACGAAGAUGGAUUUCCCGAUUCGAAGUCUGGCCUUACCUGGAGACUUACACCGAGGAUGUUGCAAAUGAAAUUGCCGGAGAGCUACAAGCCAAGCCGGAUCUGAUCAUCGGAAACUACAGCGAUGGAAACAUCGUUGCGUCUUUGUUAGCCCACAAACUCGGAGUUACACAAUGUACAAUUGCUCAUGCUCUCGAAAAAACGAAAUAUCCGAACUCCGACAUCUACUGGAAGUCAUUUGAGGAAAAAUACCACUUCUCUUGCCAGUUUACAGCUGAUCUUAUUGCCAUGAACCACACCGACUUUAUUAUUACCAGUACAUUCCAAGAGAUUGCGGGAAAUAAGGACACCGUUGGGCAGUACGAGAGUCACAUGGCUUUCACACUUCCUGGCCUCUACCGUGUUGUCCAUGGAAUUGACGUUUUUGAUCCUAAAUUCAACAUCGUCUCUCCUGGAGCUGAUCAGUCCAUCUACUUUCCUUACACUGAAGAGAAGAAAAGACUCACUGCACUCCACCCAGAAAUCGAAGAGCUUUUGUACAGUGAAGCUCAGAAUGAAGAACACAUAUGUGUUCUCAAAGACCGGAGCAAGCCAAUUAUCUUCUCAAUGGCAAGAUUAGAUCGAGUCAAAAAUAUGACUGGCCUUGUCGAAUGGUAUGGUAAGAAUGAUAAGCUCCGCGAGCUUGUGAAUCUUGUGGUAGUUGCCGGGGACAGGAGGAAAGAAUCGAAGGACAUUGAAGAGAAGGAAGAAAUGAAGAAAAUGUAUGGGCUAAUUGAGCAGUACAAAUUGAAUGGGCAAUUCCGAUGGAUCUCAGCACAAAUGAAUAGGGUAAGGAACGGUGAGCUCUACAGAUACAUUGCCGACACCAGGGGUGCAUUUGUUCAGCCCGCUUACUAUGAGGCUUUCGGGCUCACGGUUGUCGAAUCCAUGACUUGUGGUCUACCUACAUUUGCUACUUGCCAUGGUGGGCCAGCUGAGAUCAUCGUCCAUGGAAAAUCAGGUUUCCACAUUGAUCCGUACCAUGGAGACAAGGCUGCUGAACUCCUUGUCGAUUUUUUCGAGAAGUCUAUGGCCGAUCCUACUCAUUGGGAAACUAUUUCCAAAGGCGGAUUGAAACGAAUCGAGGAGAAAUAUACAUGGCAAAUUUACUCAGAUAGGUUGCUUACUCUUGCUGGUGUUUAUGGGUUCUGGAAGUAUGUCUCAAACCUUGACCGUCGUGAGGCUCGUCGUUACCUCGAAAUGUUCUACGCCCUUAAGUACAAGAAGCUCGCCGAGUCAGUACCUUUGGCUAUCGAGGAUUAAAACUGAAGCUGAGGAUUGUUACAGGUUGGUGAAUGUGCAUGGCGUUUCUCUGCGUGCUUGUGAAAAAUAACUCAAAUUUUUUUGAGAUUGUAAUAUGGAAGAAAUGAAGAUCUUCCUGAUUUCUUUUUUUUUUUUUUUUUCUCUAUUGAUUUUUAUGAUGUUCAUUUUGUAUUGCUCUUUGCGGCAUUUAAUAUCUUUGAUUGUGGAGGGAACAUUUAUGUUCCAAUAUGUAAUGAUAAAAAAAUCCAUUUUCUAGCUUAUCUAUGGCCCAAUCUGCAUUUAUAUAGGCUUGGAGAUUUAGGUGUCAAGUUUUCUAAAACAUUAUUACAAAUUUCGGUGUGAUGGUCUCACUGUGAGACGUUCUCCAUACGUGCUUAAAUAGUUCAAUUAUUAAAAUUAUUA